AUGUACAGUGUGGCCAGACUCUCCUUCCUUAGGGCACUUGGUCCCUUGAAUCAUGCAAGCACAUCGCGUGCCGUGUCAUCACUUACCCCGAAAUAUGUUGGAAUGACCUACAAGUCAUCAUCCGUCUCAACUCGAUUCCCUUCGCUAGUACGCGCGAAUUCAUCAGUGGCAAAUGCCCUGGCCACACCCUCUAGCAGCGAUAACGAGGAUCCCUGGCCUCUUCACUUGAGGAACCAAAAGUGGGAGGCGUUGCAGCUCGGUCAUGAAGGUCAAGCCAGCAACUUUGGGACGUUUUGGCUCCGGGACAACUGCCAAUGUUCCAAAUGCAUCCAUCCAGACACAAGACAACGAACUGUUGAUACGUUUGCGAUACCUGAUGAUAUCCGUAUCAAAGAUCUCAGUUAUGAGAAGGAUGGUGUGAAGGUAGACUGGUCGGACGGGCAUCAUGCCUAUUAUCCAUUUCCGUGGCUCAAGAGCCAUUCCAACAAGCAUGUUUCCAAGCUGGAACCGAAGUCAGAACUACAUUUCAGAGAGAUCAAGUCAUACGUUCCGGGCAGAGACACGACAUUUCCAACAUUUCCUUACGCAGAUAUCAUGGCCGACGAUGGUGCUCUGCGUGACUGGCUUGAAGGGAUUUACGACUGGGGAUUUGCUUUUGUACAAGGAGUUCCUACCAACCCCGAAUCAACUGAAGCUCUCCUAAAGAGAAUUGCUUUCAUCAGAAACACUCAUUACGGUGGAUUUUGGGACUUCACAGCCGACUUGACCUUCAAGGACACCGCAUAUACGACAGAAUUUCUCGGAGCACAUACGGACAACACCUAUUUCACCGAUCCUGCGAGGCUCCAGCUAUUCCACCUUCUAUCCCAUACCAAUGGAGAUGGCGGCGCCAGCCUACUUGUUGAUGGUUUCCGGGCUGCUUCGAUUCUUCGUGAAGAGAGCCCACAAGACUUCGAGGUAUUGAUGUCAACGAACCACCCUUACCACUCAAGUGGCAAUGAGGACGUAUGCGUGCAACCGGCGGAGCAAGCUCCAGUCCUUAAGGUUCACCCUGAACUACAACGGCUAUUUCAGAUUCGCUGGAACAACUAUGACAGAGCCGCCAAGAAGAAUUGGAACUGGGAGGAACAGGUCAAAUGGUAUACGGCCGCACGGCACUGGGACGAGAUAAUUCGUCGCAAAGACAUGGAGAUCUGGACACAGCUUGAACCAGGGACAGCCCUCAUCUUCGACAAUUGGAGAAUGCUUCACGGUCGCUCGGAAUUUACAGGAAAGCGCAGGAUGUGCGGUGGAUAUAUAAACAAUGAUGACUUCAUCUCACGAUACCGUCUUCUUAAAUUCGGUCGCGAGGAGGUCCUAAGAAACAUCGGCAAUGACCAGUGGUCCCUGGAUAACCCCAACUACUACAUUUGA